UAAACGAACAAAACAACUUCCGGCUUCUAAACCGCUCAGGCAGCGGAAAUCAUUCAACUCAGCGGAACUAAUUUGCGCAGCAUUUUACUCAAUUCUGUUCCUUUUAACGCCAUUUAAUGAAUUUUAUUUGAAGUAUUUUGGGGGGAACGGUGCGAAAUUCAGUUUGAGUGUCCUGAUUAUGGUGUAAACGGGGCAGUUCAGUGACUCUUGACAGCGGCAGGUGUGUGAGAGUGUGUAUGUUGGUCUGCUGGUAUGCUGACGUUAGCCAGUAAGCUGAAAAGGGAGGAGGGCAUGAGGGGCGGCCGGACCCUUGCAGGCUCCAACGAUGCCGCUCAUAGAGUGUCCAUCAGAGAUCGACUGCUUAUCAAAGAGGUUGCAGAACUUGACGCCAACCUUCCAAAUACCUGUAAAGUUACGUUUCCUGAUGAAAACAAACUCUGUCACUUCCAGUUGGCCAUUUCACCAGAUGAAGGCUAUUACCUUGGUGGAAAGUUUCAGUUUGAGAUUGAAGUUCCUGAAGCCUAUAAUAUGGUGCCUCCCAAAGUCAAGUGCUUAACUAGAAUAUGGCACCCUAACAUUGCAGAAACUGGGGAGAUCUGUCUGAGUUUAUUGCGUGAGCAUUCGAUUGAUGGUACUGGAUGGGCACCCACUCGUACACUACAGGAUGUAGUGUGGGGACUGAAUUCACUCUUCACUGAUCUUCUUAACUUUGAUGACCCACUGAAUAUAGAUGCAGCUGAACAUCAUUUACGGGACAAGGAGGAUUUCAGGAACAAAGUUCAGGACUUCAUCAAAAACUAUGCAAGAUGAUGUUUCUGUCGAGCCACUCUCACAUGCAUGUGACUUUAUGUGAGCUAUACGUCACUCCAGACUGAAUCUCAAACUAUUAAAACAUACUUGGGAAAGAAGAAAGUUCAAAUAUGUGAUGAAUGACACAACGAGUCCCUGAUCAAGAUUUGGGAAGGGGAGAUGUGGGCCUUAAUGUCAAUUUCCGAUGGAUUUUUUUUUUUUUUGAAGGGGACAUGCUUGCAGGUUCUUCUCAGUCAAGUUUGCUUUGACUUCCCUCCACAAAAAAAAAAAAAAAAAAAAAAAAAAGAAGUGCAACGAUGGUGAUCAUGAAAAUGAGGAGGUAUAACCUCUCUUGAUGUCACCUCCUAUGCUAGUGCCUCUGUGUUUUUUGCCACAUUUAACUGGACAUACGUUGUAAGCCAACUUCUGCAGCCUGCUUCUUCUCAAAACUUGACAACCUACAAACACUGAGAUUAAUUUGUUCAUGAGUGAUGUCAUAGAAACCCCAAAGUUCCAUUGGUUCAUUAGUUCUGGGGGAGGAGUCCACCGAAGAGGAUUCGCAAAAAUAUUUAGCACUGGUGUCUCGCAGAAUACGUCAGUGGAUUUCCGAGCGGAUUCUUUAAAGCCAUUACUUGUAACUGAGCACCUCUCUUCAUGUAAAGUCACUGCAGUUAUCAGACUACUCCGUAUCAGAUGUGCACACGUGCAAAUAUCAGAAUAUCUGUGUGUGCCUCUCAAUGAGUUAUGAAGCCGUUUCAGUUCAAAUCUGUGAGAUGUUUGUGUGUGAAUCUCAUCGAUGUCUAGGUCACAUUUUUAUGGAAGCUCAUUUCCGCCACAUAAAAAAAAAAAAGACAAUGUAUUGUGACCUUUUAACUGCAAAAAAAUAAGAACUCAGAAUUGAGGGAAAGUCCGAAUUCUGAGGUGGAAAAGUCUGAAUUACGAGAUAUAAACUAACUUACUUUCUUAAUUUCGAGUUUAUAACUCAAUUCUUUUAUUUUGUUGUCAGAAUUCUAACUGUUUCUCGCAAUUCCAAGUUUAUAUUUUGCAGUUUAUUUUUAUUUAUUUUUUGCCACUGAAUAAAAAAAAGAAAAAAGGUAAUUUACAUUUUUAGUCUCACAAUUCAGAGUUUUGUUCUCGUGUUUAAAUUGUGUUUAAAUCUCAUAAUUCUCAGAACUGAGUUUAUACCUUAUGCUAUUAUUAUAGUCCGGUGGCAGAAACAAGCUUCCCAACAUUUUACCCCAAAAUCAAAGGGUAAAAACUAGAAAUUCUGUUUUGCAUGUAUUAAGAUUGAAGUCACUAUAGUACUGAUAAAGAUUUUGAGUUGAAUCAUAACUUUUUUUUUUUUUACGAUAAACUAAGCAUGUUUUCCUCAAUUUUAAACAUAUAAUAUUUUUCUGCAUUAGGGCAGUGAGAAUUUUGUGGAAAUUAUGCUUAAUUAUCAUCUAAUAAUAAUAAUAAUAUAAUAAUAAAAAGCUAAAUAUUAUUUCUUAUUACUUUUAAUUUUGGGGUCAAAUAUAACCUGGACAUGUUCUGGACUGGUUUUGUGAGAUUCACUCUUUCUUUUGAAUGCAUUUUUGUCAGUGUAUACACGUUCAGCUUUACUGAUGUGUGCAUGUACACAAGAAUUCCUGUAUGCUUGUACUGUGUUUGUGUGCAAGUGUGUGUGUCUGUGUGUUUGUGUGUUUGAGCGUGGGAGACUGGGAUUUUAAUACAUGUCUGAUUUGGUAGCAUGCACUGGGCUACUGAACUGCUCAGCCAUAAAGCCUGUUCAAUUAGUGAGGAUUUACUUUAUUUCAUUUGAUUUCUUUUUCUCGUUAGAGGUGUAUAUCCAUUUGUAAAGUAUAUUAAAGAAGAAUUCUACCACUAA